AUGGGGGGGGGGGGGGGGGGGUUGCAUUCGCGCGCACAAGAUGCCACCAAGAGGAAAGUCUUUCGUCUCAAUUUGGCCGGCCGCAAAAUGGUAAUUGUGGGUUCCUGCCCUGUCACCAUGAAGCACGUGGCCAGUCAACCCGAAUCGGUCUUGUCGUCGUGUCGCGCCGUGGCCGAAAUUGGAUUCGAAUAUACCAUGGGACACUUUAAUGUUUAUGAAGGAACGGCAUGGCACAAGGCCAUUCUCAAGAAUCAUUACAUGGGCGACAAGUUGGAGACGGUCUUUUUGCCACGCAUCUACAAGGCUUUGGAGCAUGCUACGGAACAAGAAAUGCAACUACUUUGA